AUGGAUAUAGAUUACAAUCAUAAUAAUGAUCAGAUAAAUAUAAACUCAAAUGAUAUUAGUUUAAUGGGACAUGGAAUAAAAAAUCUCGAUGAAAUUCUUUUAAAUAAAAAUUUAAAUUCAAUUAAUUUUCAUUCCAACGAAAUUGAAAGAAUAAAUGGUUUACAGGGGUUGAUAAAUUUAACGCAUCUUGAUUUAUCAUCAAAUAAUAUAACAAGAAUUCAAGGCCUUGAGUCUCUUAUUUCAUUAACUACAUUAAAUUUAUCAUCAAACAAAAUUGUUGUUGUCGAAGGAUUAUUUUCAUUAAAAAAAUUGACAUGGCUUAAUUUAUCUUAUAAUAAAAUUGAAUAUUUACAAGGUUUUCAAGAUCUUUGGGGAAAUGAAUUUAACUUGAAUAUAAUUCAAAUUCAUGGAAAUCAUAUUGAUUCGUUAGAUGAUGUUAUCAAAUAUAUGAAUGGUCUUUCGCGAUUAGAACAUCUCACUUUGAGAGAAAAUCCAAUUUCAAAAAUAUGUGAUUACCGAUUAAAAUUAUUUAAUCAUCUUCGAAGAUUAACAAGUCUUGAUGGAUUAGAUAAACAUGGAAAUAAACAUAUUAAUAGCCAACCUCUUAAUGGUAUUGAACAAUAUAUUCAUUUAAGUAAUCAAACAAAAAAUCAAUUAAUUGAUUCAAGUAAUUCAUUAUCAGAUCAAUAUCCAAAAAUUGCUGCAGCACUAAAUUCAUUUCGAUACAAUCCAAGAGAAUUCCAAUCAAGUACAACAUCAACAGCUAAUGAUAUACAUAAUGAAUCUUGUUCUGAGUUAGAUAAUGAUUCUAUUAGCCAUCAUAGAAAGAAAGAUGUUAAAGAAACAAGAAAACGUCUUUUAACCGAUGAUAAACAUUCAGUUGAAUCUCAAUUAAGUGAUAUUGAAACAGAUUCAAGAAACAAUAAAAACUCUCAAUCCAAUCUGAAAACUAAUCAUAAACAAUCAACACCAAGGCAAAAAUCAACGAGAAAUAAAAAUCAUUCCUCAUUAAGUAAUAUUUGUUCAAAUGAACUAAUCGAAGAACAAACAGGUCGAUUUUCGAUAAAUUAUGAUAGAAAUUUGUUAAAUCCAAGACGUGAACGUGAUUGUGACGAAUUUAAUGAAAAUAAUAAGUUUUAUUUAUCAAUUUCAAACGAAUUAGACAGUGAAAGAAAUAAACGUUAUCAAGCCGAACAACAGAUAAAGCAAUUAAAUUUGAUUAUUAAUCAAUUAAAACAAAAAGGUAGUAAAACAAAUGAAAAUCUUUUAGAAGAAUUAAAUGAUAAACACAAACAAUUGUUGAAUGAUGAAAAAUCAAAAUUUCGAGAUUUAACUUCAAUUGUUGACGAUUAUAAAAAACGUCUCCAAACAACAGAAGAUCAACUAUGUUCUUAUAAAAAAGCUCAAGAAACGAAUUUACAGCUAAUUAAAACUCUUGAAAAUAAUCUAACAAAAUCAGAUACUGAAAAUCAUCAAAUUAAAAUUAAUCAGAAUGAAAAAGUUAAACGUUUGGAAGAUGAAAAUCAUAAAGUAAAAUAUGAGAAUGAUUCAUUAGAAAAAGAAUUAAGUAGAAUUAAAGAACAAUUGAGACAAUGUCAAGAACUUUGUACAAAUAAAGAUAUUCAACAUAAACAAGAAGUUGACAAAUGUCGAAUUGAUUUACAAUCGAAUGAGGUUCAAUUUUAUAUUAAACAAGAGAUUCAAAGAAAAGAAGACUUUUUCCAAAAUCAAUCUAAAAUUCAGCAAGAAAAAUUGGAAUCGUUAGCGCUCGAAUAUAAAAAACUUGAAAAUGAAUUUCGUGAUGCAUUAAAAAUAGAACAACGCCGAUACAUAGAAUUGUUAAAAACAAACGAAAUAAUUCGACAAGAAAAUGAACUUUUCCAAUCGUCUUCAGCGAAUACAAAACAAAAUCAAGAAUCAGAUAAGAAAAUAAUGAAUGAUUUAAUGAUGUUAGUACGUGAACAAAAAACACGUUUACAAGAAAAAUCAAAAAUAAAUGAAAAUGUAUUGAAUGAAAAUAAAAAUUUAAAAAUGAAAUUAGAAAAAGCGGUUGAAGAGCUAAGAAAAAUUCGCGAACAAAUUUUAUUGUUACAAAAAGAAAGAAAGGAAAUCAAUUCACGUUUUCAAGCGCACGAAUCAAUUUUAUCUGCUUUGAAAGAAGAAAAAAAACUAUGGACUCAAGAAUUAACACAUCAAGGUGUUUCUUUGGCACAAGAUCGUGGCCGAUUAGAAUCAACGAUUGAGAUUUUAAAUAGUGAAAUAAGCACUUUAAAAAAGCAACUCGAUAAACAAGUUGACACAUCAAAAAUUAAACAAACAAUUAUUGAAAGUCAAUUGGAUACAAUUCAAAAACUUAAAGAUGGAAUUGUUGAACGUGAUGAAACAAUAAAAAAGACUCGCGAAGAAUUCCUGCUUGAUAAAAAGGAAUUUGAGAAACAAAUUCAAGAAGAACAAAUGGUUAAUCAAGAAUUGCAAGAUAAAUAUGAUAACGCUUGUGAAAAAAAAGAUUCAUUAAAAUCUAAUUUUAAUCUUCUCCAACAAGAACUUGAAAAAACAAAAUCAGAUUACAAUGCUUUAACUAAAAAAUGGAAAGAAAAAUCUGACUUAAUAAAUGAACUUGAUAAUAAAAUUCGUCGAGCCUCUGAAACAUAUCAAAUCAAUGAAAAGAAACUUUCAGAUGAAAAUAAUCGUCUAAUGCAAAUACAAAAAGAAUUAGAAGCAAAAGUUCAUGAACGCGAUGAUGAUUUUCGUCGCCAAUUUGAAGUCAUCGAACACGGACAUAGACAAACAAUAAAUGAAAUUAAAAAAUCCUAUGAAGAUAAACUUGAACAAUCCCAGAGUCGUAUUAAUCAAAUUGAAGAUGAAAUGCGUCUUAUUUUAAAUGAGACAAAUCAACAAAAAUUAAAAUGGCAACAACGUAUUAAACAUUUAAAUCAUUUUAUUAAUGAUUUACAGCAAAAUAAUUAA